AUGGCACUUAAACGCACUCCGCAAAACACUCCGACUGGGAAGGAUCCCUUAACCGAGAACGCAGAUGUACCUGCCUUGUGUGGGGCCGGCGCGGAGCUCCUGCCGCCGCUCACGACGUCAUAUCUGCAGCACACAGGUUCGGACUCAGCGCUAGACAAUAUUAUAACGAGAAACAAACGCAAAUACGUCAGCGAAGAAGCCAGUGCAAUGAGCUCGUUUAUGGCAGACAUGAAGAAAAUGUUUACAGAAUUUUCAGAAAAACAGGACAACAAAUUGACAUCCAUUCAAAAAUCAGUUGACGGCAUUCGGGAGCAAUAUGCUGAAAUAUCCAAGUCAAUCGAUUUCCUGAGUAAUAAAUACGACGACAUGCGUGAGGAGCUCGAUAAAUUGAAAACAGAACGCAAUGAGACACAAAAAUAUAUUGCAUCACUCGAAAACAGGUUAGAGCAACAGGAAAAAAAAUCUCGAUCGAAUGAAAUCGAAAUUCGUAAUGUGCCGAAGUGUACUCCGAGUGAAUCGAAAACGGACCUGCACACCACAGUACAAAAAAUUUGUUCCACAAUCGGCGCGAAUAUCGACGUGGCAGAUAUAAAAGACCUGCACAGAAUAAACACCAAAACUGAAGGCAAUAAACCUAUAAUGGUAGAGUUUACAACAUCCAGUAAAAAAGAAUGUAUUAUGUCUGCCUACAAGAAUUUUAAUAAACAACACCCCACUAAGCAACUUAAUACCAAGCUCGCGAAUAUAAACGAACAGGAGAAUCGCAUUUUCAUCUCGGAGUCCCUCACUUUUAAAUCAAGGAAGCUGUUUCGUCAAGCAAGAGACUUCGCCGCAGAAAACCAUUUCCGCUUCUGCUGGACCGCGCGCGGAGUGGUCUACCUGCGGCGCGAUGAAGGCUCACCCGCGCAUCGAAUAACAGCUGAAACCGACUUCGCUGCAGUCAAAAAUGCUACUAAAUGA